UAGUCCGUUGGUUACUGACCGAAAACAGUCAUCGCAGCAACAUGGGCAAGUUAGUGCUGCUGUCUGUUUUCGUGGUAGCUCUGGCAGCGCUGGUGGGAGAACGAUUCAUUGCGCUAAGGAAUCUAUCCCUGGCCUUCAGAGAACUCACUCAAAAUCACCUUCCCAACUGUCAGCUGGUUAAAGGAAUAGAAUAUGGAUCUGAAGAUCUCACCAUACUUGAAGAUGGACUGGCCCUUAUAAGCACAGGUCUGAAGUAUCCAGGCUUGCCAUGUAGUCCAGAUGCCGUUGGAAAGAUUGUUGCACUAAACAUGCGCUCCGGAGAGAAUCCCAUAGAGCUGAAAAUCGAAGGGGAUUUUGAUGCAAGUUCUUUCAACCCGCAUGGAAUCAGCGUGUAUACAGAUGAAAAAGAUGGCUCCAGAUAUUUAUUUGUUGUGAGUCACCCCCAUAGUAAUUGCCAAGUUGAGAUUUUUAAAUUUUUUGAAGAGAAAAACACUCUGCUGCACCUGAAGACCAUAAAGCAUGAAUUGCUGCAUAACGUGAAUGACAUCGUAGCUGUUGGAGUGGACAGUUUCUAUGCCACGAAUGACCACUACUUCACCUUUGAUUUGCUGAAGUUAUUGGAGCCCCUGUUUUCCUUAACCUGGUGCGAUGUCGUGUACUACAGCCCCGAGGAAGUUAAGUCUGUGGCUGGGGGAUUUCCUUCCACCAAUGGCAUUAAUAUCUCCCCCAACAGAAGGUAUUUGUAUGUGUCCGAUAUUAUGAAUCACAGAAUUGCUGUGAUGGAGAUCCAGAAGGACAACACACUGUCCCAUGUAAAGGACGUUGCAGUGGGCUCUCUCUGUGAUAACAUUGAAGUAGACAUGGAAACUGGUGAUUUGUGGUCUGGCUGCCACCCAAAUGGAAUGAAAUUCCUUACCGGUGAUAUGAACGAUCCGCCGGGCUCUGAGGUCAUUCGCAUCCAGAAUAUCCAUUCUGAAGAGCCAGUGGUCACACAGGUGUAUGCAGAUGAUGGUAGCGUGCUCAUAGGAUCUUCAGUGGCUGCGCCCUACAAAGGAAAACUUCUCAUAGGAACGGUUUACCACAAAACCCUGUACUGUGAUCUUAACUAGAAUGUCCACUUAAACAGCUUUGACUGGACAGUGCCAUUGAAUUUACAUUAUUUACAUGAAAUGUAAAUAAUACAAAAUAAAUUUAAAAUUGACAUUUUAGAGAAUUUUUAUUAUUAAUAAGUGUUAUUACGGAUGCACUGUGAUAACAAAUCAUACUCAUGUCAGCAGAUAUUUCCUAAAAAAUGUGAACAGCAUUGGCUUUACAUGAUGACACUUUCAUGCCGCAAAAGUUGCAAGCAUCACAACUUCAUGGAACAAGUUUUGUGAAACAGCCAAUCCAAUUUGCAAUAGCAGAUCAUGUGAUCACAUUGAACAAAGUACUUUCAAACCAUUGAUUUUACCCGAUUAGUGCAUAAGAAAGAGACCCAACUGCGUCACCUAGCCAGCUAGCACUAAAAGCUGUUUAAAUGGCUGCUUGUUCCAGCGUUUAUUCUUCUUUGUCUAGUAAUCAUGAUCUGCGUAACUAGAUUCAUUGAUUUCCUUUCUUGAGCCUCAUUUCCUCCCCUUAAUUUUGCGCAGAGCUCAGAUUCAUUUGGGAUCUAAAUGAUGAACACUAUUAGAAAAGGGAAAAAACAACAACAAUGACAACUAAAAACACGAAAAUGAUAAAAAUGCUGCAAAUAUGUAAAUUACACCUCAUGGAUGACUUUAUGUAGCGAGAACGAUAUGGUGUAUCAAAAUUAUGGCAGCUAAUUUAGCUAACUGGUGAAGUAACUCAAUGCAACUGGUUGCCUGCAACUUUGAUUGAUUGUGAAUUACUUCAUGCAGCUGUCAAGUUGCACAGAAAUUAAGAUGCAGGCAACUCACAGCAUGCAACUAGCAAUAAAAGAGCAUUAGUGAUGGAAAAAAGUGUCAUUGAAAUAUUUUUGGAAAUGUAUUAUUGUAAAAUGGAGAAAGCAAAGGGAUAAGUGUGGGAAGGGAUAUACAAUUUUAGAACUAUGUGGUACAUUUUGGAUUUUUUCAGUAUUGAAAAAAGUUAUUAAAUGUGAAUAAUCAAAGUUAUUAAAUGAGUGAUUCUUUUAAAAUAACUUGCCAUUUCAGUCAUACAGGUUAACUAUCAGAGCGCAGUGGUAUGUUGGGAGGUGUAGUAUUAGUGACAUUAAGCCAGACAGCUGUGUAAGGGGGUUUCUUAUGCUUUUUAGUUUUAAAAUGAAUUAUACUUUUUUAGAGAUAUGAAUAAUUAAUAGGAAGACCACUAGAGGGAGCCCACUUACCAGUAAUAAUAGAAAAAUGGUACUGUGAUAAAAGCCUAAAGCUUGUUUGCAAUUCCUGUUUUAAGUGCUUCUUUGCUUAAGACUGUCAAGGGCAAAUUUUCCAAAUUGUUACAUAAUUCAGUUUUUGUAAAUAUAUAAAGAGUCAAUCAGAGUUUGAUCAGAAAUGCUCCAUCCUGUAGAAACUUAUUGGCUUCUUUACAGCAGUGGUAACAAGAACCAGGGGUUGUGAUGUCUACAACACAAAUCAUUUCGUCAUAUUUUCCUUUUGUCAUAUUUUGAACGGGCUUUGUAAUGACUUCUGGAAAAAAGCCCAGGUAUUAGCACUGAAAUCUGUGCCCAUAAAAUGCAACCAGAUAAUGGACUGCUAGUUGAACAUCACAGGUUGCUGCUUUAGCUGGUUUACAAUUUAUAUUCUCUUUAUAACCGGCUAUGUUCUGUCCUCAUAAGAGUAGACUAAGCAGGUCAACAGAAAGCUAACCAGCUAACAGGCUGAUGCCACAAUAACAAAAGACAGACUUCACGUUUAAGCCUUUAAACAAGGAGUUACUUAAAACUGAGCCACACAAAGUAAAGAAUGUCACUUGCGUGCCUGUUAGGAGCUAAAGAUAUCUUUAGUUAAACCAGAGCCGACACAAAAAUCCAAUAUAGCACUGGGCUAUCACCACUAGCUUGAUGCUAACAUACAAUGUUGAACAUACAUGGAGCAUUAUCUUAGCACUGGUUUUAAAAAACAAUUUUCUAAAUUAAACUAAUACUUUAUGCUUUAUGGUUUCCUGCCUGUGUCCGACUCCCAGUGCAAACACAAUUGUGAAUUUAAAAUGAAAUUAGUUCAUCAGUGUGGAUAAUUUGUGUGGGCUAUAAAUAGGAUCCACUGAUUAAAGUGUUUCUCUUAUGCAGGUUCAGCUUUCUGAUGACAGAUCAAUUACAAAUAUUGGCACACGAGCACUCAAGCAUCCCUUUUUAAUAUUUUUACUUAUUCCCACAUGUCUAUCAUGUUAGGAUGUUGUAAGCAUUUAACAUAACAUUGAGUGCGUUUACAUGGACUCAAUAAUCUGAUCAUAAUCAGAUUUCCGCAGUUAUCAGAUUAUUCAAAUUGUCAUGUAAACACCAUACUCCGAUGUAGAAAUCAUAUUAAGAGCUGGAUUUCAGCUCAGUAAUCAGAUUUUUCAGUGCAUGCGAACUCUUACUCUGAUUUCUUUCAGACUUCUCAGUCUGCGCAUGUGCGAAACAGAUGGCGGUACCAGCGUUGCCGCGAGAUGGCAGCAAAACACUUUUAGAGCGACACUGAAACCAAACGCAAAAUUAAGGUUUUAGAUAUUCUUCAUGUUCUAGAUGAUGUAUGUUCAUAUUUUCAGAUAAAGUGGCACAAUGUUUUUAAAAAAAGAAGCUGCGGCAUGAAGUUCGAGUUUUAUGUCACAUUUACGCUGCGUCUUCUUCUGUGAAUUUACUGUUGUAAAUCAGAAAUCUGAUUACUGUCUGACUCAUGUAGACCCACAGUUUCCCCAUUAUCUGAUUACUCAAGUGCAUGUAAACAUGUUGAUCGGAUUACUGACGAAAUCUGAUUUUCUGCAGUUAUCGGAUUAUUAAGUGCAUGUAAACGCACUCAAUGUCUGCUUAUGAGGUGGAUAGGACAAAUCAAUCUUAAGCCAUGACAGCAAAGAACUUUUGCACUACUCUUGAGACUCAUUUAACCAAGAUAUUGGAAAAAACAGAAAGCUUUUUAAACUGAUCCUCCAAGGUCAAUAACUUCACCACUUUGUCUGGUUAAUUAUAUAUCAUAUAAUUGUGAUAUUAGCCACAAAUUUCACUGCAAGACUCAUUAAAGAAGGCAUUUGUUUCAUGAAGGUGUUUUCCCACUGCACAUUCAGAAACAAGAACCAACUGAACUUACACUUCUAGUACAUUUUCCACAUGCUUGACAGAAACCUGAAACAGUGAUAAUAACCAAGAUGAACAAUUUCAUGGCCUUUCUGGUCGUUUCAUGUCACUCUCAAGCGUCUAAUUUGGCUAGUCAAGUUAGCCACCUUGCAUGCUAGUUGGCUUACCUCGUUGGCUAAUAUGAAACGAUGCACUGCACUGUUCUGUGCUGUCACCCAAAUGUCUAAUGUUACAUUUACACCGAAUCGUGUAGAAUCCUAACAAAUUUUCAAUUUUUCUGUGUAAAAAUAUGAGCAAAAACACUUGUUCUGUGGCUGCUAGCAUAAAUGCUAAUAGCAUUAGCUUCUUAACUAGCUUAUGUCGCCUCAUGUUGAGCUCUCUACUGAGUUAUAAUUAUAAAAAUAGCUUUGAAUGCAUCAACUUACUGUCCUGCUUUACAUUCUGGUGUAUUUACUGGUCGUACAACAGUGCUGGGCAACUUCAUCUUGAAGUGUAUAGAAUUUGCUAAAUUGUCAUUAGCUUGGAUUUAUACCACUUAUAGAAGCUCUACCUGCUUUUGGAAAAUACGUACUUGGUUUACAGCCUCAAACCCGAAAAGAUUUUACCGUUAUUGCCAAUGUUUUGUCUGUUUUAAUUGUAUUUAUUGUUGUCUUAUCCACCCAGAUAUAUAGCCAACCUUUAGGACUACAAACAUUCUGAUUUGAUCUAUGCAUAUAAAAGAAUCAAAACUGACUCACUUUAAGUGUGCUUAGAAGAUCUCUUUCAGAUUUAUUUUGUGACCUUGACUGGACAUUUCCUGAUGUUAAACUGAUUGUGUAAUUUUGUGUGUGUUGCUAUGUUGUAUGCAGUACAGAAAUACGAAUGUACUGGAACUUUGAUACCUGUGUAACACAUUUCAGGUAUAAAUACUAAAUUGUACUUAGAACAUAUCGGCUAAUAUCAGAUGUCAGAUAUUGUUGAUUUUAAAAGCCAGGGAUGCCGCCAUUACUACUACCAACAGUGUGCCUUAUGAGAAUGUAUUUUCUUGAUUUUUGAGCAUGAAGUAAGCAAAGCUAUAUAAGAUGGAUUAUUGAGUGUCAUGUAACCUUGAUAUUACAUUGAUAUGCAAUAUUCAAAUAAAUGAUCUUUCUUUA